AUGUCAGACAAACCAAAUAUCCCUGCACCUAAUUCAUUAGUCAAAUAUGCAAGUGCCACUUUGGUUUCUACGUCUGGAAAGCCUAUUAAAGAUAAAAAGAAAGGAAGAGAUGCUGCUCCAUAGUCAAUUACUAAUGCAUAAACAGAGGAUAUAUUGAAUUCAAUUCUUCCUCCAAGAGUAUUUAUUUUAUGAACUAAAUUAGGAAUACACAAUGGAAAAAUAAUAAUUAUGGAUUCAAUGUGUUUCAUCUACUCCAGCCAAAAGAGUAAAUCGAAUUUAUAUUCAAAAUAGGAAGAUGUUAUUCUUCUUUAAGAAAAUUUAGAUAAAAAAUUAUAAUAGAGAUAAGCUAGAGAGACUGGUAUAUGUCCUAUUCGAGAGGAAUUAUAUGCAUAAUGUUUUGAUGAACUUAUAAGACAAGUAUUAUAUGUAAGUUACAAUUAGAUUACAAUUAAUUGUGCUGAAAGAGGUUUAUUAUUAGUUCGAGUCAGAGAUGAAAUUAGACAAACAAUAUAAGCUUAUUAAACUUUGUAUGAAAGUUCUAUUGCUUUUGGAAUGAGGAAAGCUUUAUAAGCAGAANAUUACCAAUUAUUAUUGAUUAGUUAUUAAAAUCUCAUAAAAUUGGCAAAAAUGAUUAAGAUAUGAUGAUAUAAGUGAUUUUAAGAUAAGCAUUUGAAAGAACAACAAAAGAAUUAUAUACUUCAGGAAUUGAUAUUACAUUUAGUGGAGCUACAACUGUAUGUUUAUUGAUUAUAGAACAUAUGGGAUGGUGUGCAAAUAUUGGAGAUUCAAGAGCAAUUUUAGGAAGACAAAAAGAUGGAUUACAUGUAGUUGAAUUGUCUCAUGAUUAAAAACCAGAUUUACCUAAAGAGGAAAAAAGAAUUAUAUAAAAUGGAGGAAGAGUUUAAGCAUAUUCAGAUGAAGAAGGAAAUCCUAUUGGUCCAGCUAGAGUUUGGUUAUUAGAUGAAAAUAUUCCAGGAUUGGCAAUGUCUCGAAGUUUUGGUGAUUAUGUAGCUGCAUAAGUAGGCGUAAUCUCAAUUCCAGAAAUAAUUAAACAUACAUUUUAAAAUGACAAAUUCUUAAUCAUGGCAUCAGAUGGAAUUUGGGAGUAUUAUAUUAUUUAUAUUCAAGGUUUCUCGAUAAUAAAUGGAUUGUUGAAGUUGUCUAUGGAUACUAUUUGAAAAAUGAUGCUGAAGGAGCUGUUGAAAGAUUGGUUAAAGAAGCCACAGAAGCAUGGUAAAAAGAAGAUGAAGUUAUAGAUGAUAUCACUUGUAUUGUUGCAUUUUUGAAUUGA